GCCACAAAAAAUAAUAACAUUAAAAGGAAGUAGGAUUUGGACCGGAAACCGAAACAAAAAAGCACAGAAUGGAACGCCUUAGAUUGUCCCGCAGCCGCGAAGUGCGAAUUGGAAGCUACAAAGUGCUCCGCAAGAUCGGUAGUGGCUCCUUCGGUGAUAUAUAUCUGGCGAUCUAUAUCCAUAGUGGCGAGCGGGUGGCCAUCAAGGUGGAGAGCACAAGGGUGAAGCAUCCGCAGUUGAACUACGAGCGCCGCCUCUACCGCGCUCUACGCGCAGCUCCUGGCCUGCCGCGGAUACGAUACUUCUGCAAAGAGCAGCACUAUCAGGCCAUGGUAAUGGAUCUGUUGGGACCCUCGCUGGAGCAACUGUUCCAGUUCUGCGAAAGGGCCUUCACCAUCAAGACAGUGCUGCUCCUGGCCGAGCAAAUGCUGCGCCGGGUGGAGUACGUUCAUUCGCGAGGAUUCCUGCACCGAGACAUUAAGCCGGACAACUUCCUAAUGGGCAUCGGCAAAAUGUGCAAGCAGGUCUACCUAGUUGACUUCGGGCUGGCGAAGAAGUAUCUGGACAUCACCAGCGGCGUUCACAUCCCCUACCGGGAGAAUCGCAGUCUGACGGGAACGGCCCGGUACGCCUCCAUCUGCGCCCAUGCCGGCGUCGAGUCGUCACGGAGGGACGACCUGGUGGCCGUCGGCUACGUCCUGAUGUACUUCAACCGGGGCAGCCUGCCUUGGCAGGGCCUGAAGGCCUCCAACAAGCAACAGAAGUACGAGAGGAUCUACGAGAAGAAAAUCUCCGUCUCGGUGGAGGCGCUCUGCGAGGGCUAUCCUUGCGAGUUCACCAUGUACCUGAACUACUGCCGCGGGCUCGGCUUCUACGAACGCCCCCAAUACGACACCAUGUGCCGCAUGUUCCGGAUGCUCCGCCAGGGCCUCAACCUUCGCCCGGGCCUCAUCUACGACUGGGACAUGCUAACAAUGAAGUUCCACAACAGCCAGGAUAAUCCGGGAGUCGGAAAGCGGGUCUUUCCUCCGGCCCAGGCCAUAGACGACGGGAAGAGCGGAGAGCCGAUUGUCAAGGACGAGAAGUGCAAUCGCUGGCCCUAAUCUGGACUGCACUAUGUCCUUCAAAUUAGAAGUAGGUUCCCUCAAAUUCCCAAAAAGGCCUUCCCGGUUCAAGUCAUCUAUUAAGGAGCUAUUGAAAACUCGAUAAAUCAGUAGUGUAAUUUUUAGGAAAAAGGCUUUAAAUAUUUUUUGACUACAAAUCCUUAGUGAUACUCUGUGAAAAAAUAAAUAGAUAUAGGACCUUUUUUUAGGAGUAUAUCAAGCUAAGCAUCGAAAA